UAACUGUUGCAAUACAGUUAUGUAAUCUGUUAGUUUGUUGAGUUUGUUAGAUUUCUGUUACUGAGUUAGUUAUAGGAAGCUAUUGUGUAUAUAAGGACCAAUUUGCUGUAAUUGAAAAUAAGAGGAAUAAAAUGAUAUACUGCCCAAAUGUUCAUUGUUAACAUGGUAUCAGUUUAGCCCAGGUUAUUUGUUUUUGGGCCGUUUUCCUCUACUCUUUGCCCGUGGCUUUCUUCUUUUUUUCUCUCGUCUAAAUUAGGUCUGGUUUUGGGCGAUUUCUUUCGAAGAAAUGGACACUCCUGACGCUGCUGCUACCACCGCCGUGCUCGACUUCAAUCAUCCUCUAUUUUUGCAUCCGUCUGAUACGCCGGGCGGUGUUCUGGUCUCGCAUCGUCUGGUUGGCAUCGACAAUUAUACCGUCUGGAGCAGAUCUAUGAGAAUCGCGUUGCUGGCCAAAAAUAAGUUAGGUCUCGUUGAUGGCACCUGCUGCAAAGAAGAUUAUGAUGAGAUCCUGCACUCUCAAUGGGAACGUUGUAAUGCGGUUGUUUUGUCCUGGAUUCUUAACACUGUAAGCAGCGAUCUCUCGGCUGGAAUUGUAUUCGCUUCAAGCGCUGUUCAAGUUUGGAGUGAUUUGAAGGAGCGCUUCGAUAAGGUAGAUGGAUCUCGAAUAUUUUUUUUACAUCGUGAAAUUGCUACCCUAAAUCAAGGUGACUCAACAGUUUCGACCUAUUUUACGAGAUUGAAAUUGUUGUGGGACGAAUACCAUGCCCUAGUUCCUCUUUCAGCCUGUAAUUGCGAGGUAUCUCAGCAGAAUUCCAAACACAUCGCACAACAGAGGUUAUUGCAAUUUCUUAUGGGCCUAAAUGAUACUUACUCAGCCAUUCGUAGCCAAGUUCUGCUUAUGCAACCUCUACCGAAUGUAAAUCAAGCAUAUUCCAUGAUUGUACAAGAAGAAGCACAACGAGCUCAGUUAUCUGGUGUUUCGGGUGCCACUGCCAUGUACUCCAAUGCAUCUGGAAAUUCAGAUCGUAGGCGAUUCAAUGGUGUUUGUGAUUACUGUAAAAUCAAAGGUCAUAAGCGAGACAACUGCUAUCGUUUGAUUGGUUUUCCUCCAGACUUCAAAUUUACCAAGAAGAAGAAUUCUCAGGCAGCUUUUGCUACUAAUCCCUCCCUGGUUGACUCCAAUCAUGAUUCACAUGAUUCCAGCAUAGUUAAUACUUCUCCAGUUUUCACAGCAGCUCAAUAUCAUCAGAUUCUAGAGCUCUUGAACAAAACUCCCUCGGUGGAUGCAGCAGUCAACCUAGCAGGUAUUGCUUCCUUGUGCUCACCUGACUCUUCUAAUUCGUUUCGUUGGAUACUUGAUACAGGGGCCACUGACCAUAUGGUGUCUGAAAUCCAUUGUUUGCAAUCUCUAACUUCAUGUCAGCCUAGUUCUGUCCAUCUGCCCACUGGAUCUCUUCACUGGGAAGAUGAGGGGGAUUGGUAGGGAAGCUCGUGGUCUCUAUUUGUUCGACUCUAAAGACCUUGUUUCUGGUUUGUCCUUUACAAAUAUUACUUCUGUUUUGUCAUCAUCCAAAUGUAAAGUUGAUUCUGGUUGUAUGUCUGUUUCCUGUGACAAUAAUACAAUGCUUUGGCAUGCACGUUUAGGGCAUGCUACUUCUGUUAAAAUGCAUAAAACUCCAUUUUUGUGUUCUGUCCCAUUAAAUGAAAAUUCUGUUAAGCAAUGUUCUGUUUGUCCUCUUGCAAAACAGUCUAGGUUACCCUUUCCAAUUAGUUCUUCUAGGUCACUUACACCUUUUGAUUUAAUUCAUAUUGACUUA